GCUAUACUGCACCUCUAUCAAGCACUAGGGGAGCUAUACCGCACCUUUAUCAGGCAAUAUGAUGAGAUAUACUUCACCUCUAUCAGGCACUAGGGGGAGCUAUACUGCACGUCUAUCAGGCACUAGAUCAUCAUGCCAAAAUUUAGCAGUCUCCAUCUGAACACUCCAUUAAGAGACAGCGUACCCAUGUCCAAACUAUCUGGCACCAAAGUGUAUCUGAAACUGGAUAAUGCACAGCCAACGGGGUCCUUCAAAAUCCGUGGGAUUGGUCAUCUUUGUAAAACCUGGGCAGAACGUGGCUGUAAACAUUUUGUGUGUUCUUCAGGAGGUAAUGCUGGCCUGGCAGCAGCUUACAGUGCCCGCAUGUUAUCCAUCCCUGCCACUAUUCUUGUGCCAGUUACUACUCCAAGUUUUACCAUACAGAGAGUCAAAGAUGAAGGCGCUACAGUCUGCGUAGUGGGAGAAAUGCUUGAUGAUACCAUUGAGCAUGCAAAGGAGCUAGUGAAAAAUAACCCUGGGUGGGUGUACAUCCCUCCAUUUGAUGAUCCCUUAAUAUGGGAAGGCCAUACCUCAUUGGUGAUAGAAAUGAAGGAAAGUCUCCCUUCAAAACCAGGAGCAAUUGUCCUUUCAGUUGGUGGUGGUGGUAUGCUUUGUGGAGUAGUCCAAGGUCUCCAGGAAGUGGGCUGGAAUGACGUUCCCAUAAUUGCAAUGGAGACGAAAGGUGCUCACAGUCUUAAUGCUGCACUAGAGGAAGGAAAACUGGUAACCCUUCCUGAAAUUACCAGUGUGGCUAAGACACUGGGAGCCAAGACUGUGGGAGCACAAACACUGAAGGUAGCUAAAGAGCAUCCCGUCUUUUCUGAAGUCAUCACUGACCAAGAUGCUGUAAAGGCAAUUGAGAGGUUCCUAGAUGAUGAGAAAAUGCUUGUUGAACCAGCAUGCGGCGCAGCUCUUGCGGCAGUUUACAGCGAUGUUAUCGGGAAGCUGCAGAAGGAGGGCAAGCUGAACCAAGAGCUCUCCUCUGUGGUCAUUAUCGUGUGUGGCGGGAACAAUAUCACACUCACUCAGCUCUUCAGACUUAAGGAGCAGUUAGGCAUUGAGUCCAUCACUGCUGCAUAGGAAGACCUUGCUUUUUAGAUAUUUGGACUAAAUCAUGGUACCAGUUUCCUGGGAAUUGCAUCAACGCCGUAUUACCAAAGGCAUUGGAGGAACACAAAACAAAAAAACGUUAAAAAAAAAAAAAUUCACGUUCAGGCAUUAUUUGCUAUUUGAUUCCCAUUCCUAGGCUACUUGUCAUCAAAAGGUUGUGUUGGUGACAGAUGGUGAUGGGUACCGAGUGCCAGUAACUUGUCACAGAUGGGUGUUUAGUAACUCUGUGCUGCAUUGCCAGUACUCAUCUGACCUUCUCCUCUGGCAUCCAGAGACACAGAUAGCUUUUUUUUUUUUUACAGCUUAUAGGUUUGGUAGAGUACAACAUGGAUUGUAGUGAGACAAAUUGUGUAUAUAUUACAAAAGCAUAAAAGGCAGGUCCAUAUAAAAAGGUUAAUACGUGCUAUCUGAAAGUAUUUCAAUAUAACCACUACCUCUAUGUUCUGUGGAACGUCACUGUGAAUACAUUGUUUUCAUUUUAUGUUUAUCUACUAUGUGGCAUUAAA